GGGCCCAUAAAUGGGUUGGGUUGAAAUGUUGAAUGAUUAUGUGGGAAACAAGCGUGCAUUGUGAUGAUGCUGUGUGCGGAGAAGAGAAGGCAAUCAUAGAGCUGAAUGCAUCUUUCUAGCAAAAACCAAUUAGAAUCUCACUCACUCACCCUCUUCUCUGCGCUUUUCCAAUCUCACCUCGUUUCUUUCUCUCUUUCUUCCUUCACCUACCCACCCAUCAGGCAAAUCUUAACUCAUACCCUGUGCCUAAGCAAAACGACACAUACCCGUCGUUGUUCACUGUCUUACUCAGGUGUGAAAGGUGAAAGCAGAGUGUGAAUCUCAGAUCUUGUUUUUAAGAGGCAAUUCACUGUGUUGAUUAUUCUUGUGCAUUGACUAAUGGCUACCAUGCUUCUAUAUCAGCACUUAGCAGAUUAUGGCCUACUGUUUUUUGCCAUAUCUAUCUCAAGUUGCUCUCUCAACUUGAUUGAACAUUUCUAAUUUAUGCCAUUUUACAUGAUUCUCUGCUUAUUUUAGAUCAAUUGUAAUUAAAAGAACCCACUCUCAUCAAGGUACACUAUCCCACCCUUGUGGGAAGACCCAUGUAACUAUGUACAAUGCAUAUGUUAGCUCGACAAUAUAUGCUGUUAGGUGUAAAGAAUCAUUCUCAUUAUCUUUUGGUGACUCCUCAAACUUCUGGCAUGAAAGAUUUGACCGAACCCCAUCAUACUGUUCGUCAUGCUGUGGUUGUUGUGAUUGCUGUUCACUCUCUACUUACAGAGUACCCAUAAAGCCUUGUCUUCUAAGUGGGUUGAGACAAUCCACUCUCCUUCAAUUGCCAGCAUCAAGAAGGUUAAUUUUGGGUGGUGGGGACCGAUACUUUUCCCGGCUACCAGCUUAUGGUCUCCUCAGAGGUUAUGAGCUUAGUUGUUUAGCCAUUGAUGAAACUGUUUGCAAUAAUAGUAGAAUGAAAUUAAAGGGAAAAUGUAUUCAUGCAGCCUCACGAAAAGGAAGGGAAAUUUCCCAUUCAGUUGCUUCUGACGAUGCUGAAGCAGUUCUCAGCUUUUUGAGUGAGGAGGCAGAUAAGGAUGCUAUUUGUAGCAAAUGUAAGUGUGUAUCUUCCCCCAAAAGAAUAGAAGCUGAGAAGAAAAGAAAAAAUGUGAGUAGAGAGAGACAUUUGAGUUUGACUGAGAAAGUAGAAACAGAUAAAAAAGGAAAUCUUAAGCAACAUGAGUCAUCCACCAUAGACUUGAGAGGAGAGCAUAAAAAACCCAACAAAGAAAAGGAAGCCUUUACAAAAGGGGAAAACCAUAGGAAACGAAGAGAUGUGUCCAGUUGUUCGUCUUAUUAUUCUCUUUCAUCUGGAGAUUUUGGGAGUGAACAGGAAAUUCAGGAUGAUAUUGGUUUGGAAGAAUGGUCACUGGGAUAUAAGAAAGAUGAAGCAAAUCACAUGGAGGGACAAAUGAAGGAAGAAUUCAACAAGCAAGUGGAUGCUUCAAAGAACCUGCAGGAUGUUUCAAAUAAGGAAAGAAUUGCGUUUGGUGCGGAUAUUGAUUGGAACCAAAGGAAGAAGUCUGAAAAGAUGCUGGCUGGGGGAACUAUAAAAGAAACAGAAUCAAGCAGAGAACACCAGGAUAUGCAUUCAAGAGGGUUUAGAACACAUGAAUCUGGUUAUCAAAAGGCAUCUAUUUCACAGAAGCGAGUCAGUAGUGAGGAGGAUAAAUCAUCUUUUGUUGACAAUUUGGAUAAGAAAACAAACAAGGCAUAUAUUCUAAAAGUAAACAGAAGAAAGCAUCAAUCUACAGAUGUACAAGAGUCUGGUUGUGAUGAAGUUGAGACAACUUUGUUAUCACGUAAGGAGUUCAGAGGUGGGAAAGGGAACCUGGAGAUAUCAGAAACACUGUUAAAGGAAACAGAUGAUGAACAUAAAAAAUUUGUUGGUUCAACAUCUACCACAGGAAAGGAAACUUUGAAAUUGAAUAAGGCAUUCAGUGGCAGGGAAGGGAACCUUGCGAUAUCAGAAACACUUUUACGAGAAACAAAUGAUAGACAUAAAAAAUUUGAUGAUUCCACUACCUCAGGAAGAGAUGUGAUAGGUAGAAGUUCCCAGAGAUAUACUGAAAAUUUAAAAACUGAAGACACUGAAAGGACCUCAAAUGCUAGGAUGAAGGACAUCGGAGUGAAAAAAGUUUCAGUUUUGAGUUCUGUUUUGGGAUUGGAGGAGCAGCAACACCAAAAAGGAGAGAUCGUCAGACAGGCUAACGAUAAAGAGGGAAGGAAAAAGUCUCAAGAAUUUUCUGAAUUAUCACAAGCUCAUGAGACUAAUGUUGAUACAUCUAUCAGAAAGUCUAGAACUAGAAUAAAGGACUGGGAAGAAAAAUUGAACAUAAGUUCAGAUGCAAGGGGUGCAUCACUCCAAAUAGAUAAAAGGACAAAUCAGAGUUUCCAACACAGGAAAGGAUAUGAACUUGCCAGCAAUUUUUCAGAAAGUUAUGUGAGUGAUGGAAAGCAAGUUUCAAGUUCUCAACAAACUUCUGAGAAGGUGAGAUUCAUUCCAAAAAGUAAAUCAACACCAGUUGUUAAAACUAGAGAAAGUUCUUGCCAAACUGAUGAAAGAAUUGCAAAUUUUGAAUUGGCUGGAGUGGACCAAAGACCUAGGAACCUUUCAAUUUCUGGUGAAACUGUCUCAAGAGAGGAAUCUGACUCCCAGGGAUCAUUGAAUUUGGUUUCUGAGGCUGGAAAACAUGUUACAUUAGUAGUAGGUGAUGAAAGGAGCUCUGCAACAAUGUUUAUCCCGUCCUCUUCCCACCAAAUGGGUAAGAGCUCAGUGCAUGCCGAUCACAGUGCUGGAAUUGCUAGCCCUGAGAUCUUCCUUGAAACAUCAGAAAACGGGUCUUCUGCUUUGUCUGAUAAUUCAGGAAGAAGUUCCACUUUGCAUCGAGAUGCUCUUGGUUCAGCUGAUCGUUUAGAGAAAUCAUCGAGACUGUUUGUUAAUGAGUUUGUUGAGAGGGUCAGACAUGAAGUAACAACUUCAAAAGCACAAGAGAUGGAAGUUACUGGAACAAAGUUGGCCCUUGAAGUUGGUGGUAAUCAGAUCCACAGCUCAGUGCCACAAGACACUCAGAAUGGCUCUCAGUCAAAGGUGCAUGAUUCUAGUAGUUCCUCUGGAUUUCCUGCGUCCAAAGGACCUUCUGAUGAGAUGUGGGAUGUGACUCAACCAUCUAUUGAGCAAGGUCUAGUAGCUGAAGAACCAGAAAUCAGCAAGGAAACUGGGAAACCAAUUGUUAAUAGAACCGGAAGGUCCUUAUGGAGUAUGAUUGCUGAUAUUGUUCGACUGCGUUGGGGAUCACGUGCUGGUUCCUCCUCUUCAGCUGGAAGAUCAGGUGAGAGAAACUCAUCAAGCAAGUCUGACAGCGAGACAUGGUUUUCUGGGCAGGAGCACGAGGAAACCGGUAAAGGUAAUGUAAUAAAAGAAACAUCUGUGCUAGCACAAGCCACGGCUUCUGAUAAGUCAAAACCAGGUAAACGAAAUACCCUAAGUGAGGGAGAGAUGUCUGACUCUACAAAAUUGAAGGACAAAGGAAAACAUCUUGAAGUUGGAUUGUCUUCUCCAAAUGCAUUGGAAAGUGGAUCAAUGUCAGUGGGCAUCUCAUAUGCUUCUGGGGAGGAAAAUGCUAAUUGGACUGAAGAUAAAAAAGAUUUGGAAGUCACUACUUCUGGCACUCAAAACAUGGAAUUACCAAUUUCAUUACCUGCCAGAGUGCCUCCUUUUGUAGGAGAAAUUGUAAAUAUCAGUGGAACUGACAUGCCUGGAGCUGAGCCAGUAGUGCAAAUCAAGUCACCUGUUGUUUCAGUGCAGUCUGAAUUGUUUGGCUCAGAGAGAAAGGAUGGAGAGUUGAAGCAAAGGAAGUUUCAACGGAAUAGGCAAGUCUUAAGAGAUAGGUUUGAUGAUUGGGAAGAAGCCUAUAAACUUGAACUUGAGCAGCGAAGAAUGGAUGAAAUGUUCAUGAAGGAAGCACUUUUGGAAGCUAAGAAGGCUGCUGAUACAUGGGAAGUUCCUGUUGGUGCUGUUCUUGUGCAGCAUGGGAAAAUUAUUGCUCGAGGGUGCAACUUAGUGGAAGAGUUACGGGACUCCACUGCCCAUGCAGAGAUGAUUUGUAUACGAGAAGCUUCAAACCUUCUUCGGACAUGGAGAUUAUCAGAUACUACACUUUAUGUAACGCUUGAGCCGUGUCCAAUGUGUGCUGGUGCUAUCCUUCAGGCAAGAAUAGAUACUCUUGUGUGGGGAGCUCCCAAUAAGCUUCUUGGAGCUGAUGGUAGCUGGAUUAGGCUUUUCCCCGAUGGAGGAGAAAAUGUAUCAGAUUCAUCAAAUAUACCACCUGUCCCAGUUCAUCCAUUCCAUCCAAAGAUGAAAAUAAGACGAGGGGUCUUAGCCACAGAGUGUGCAGAAGCAAUGCAGCAAUUCUUUCAGCUAAGAAGGAGAAAGAAGAAAGAGGAACCACCAAAGGACCCCUCUCGCCUUCCUGUUACUCACCACCAUCCCUCCAAGUUCCUUAACAAGAUACAUCACAUCUUCCACAUUAUGUUCUGUUUAUAAAAGGGCAGAUUCACAUAUUUCCUCAUGUUUUAAACGAGCAUCUGAAUAAAAUAUUCAAACAUUAUGAAUAAUCAUCGUGAAAAGUAAGUG